UACGCGGUAAUGCUUGCUUUGGGACUAGCGGCUCAGCCUUACAGUUGGUGCAUGGCUUCUUUCUUCCCCUCCUUUCUAUCUUAUCCAUCUGCAAUCAGACGAACAACUUGAAGUCAGAUGUCAUGAUCAAUCAUAAUGUCUCUGCCCACCGGCCAGGGAAUCCUCCAACUGCAAGUCCCGAGUGCGCAGCCAGAGCGCAUCUACCAUGCCCGUCGUGCGCAUCGGAAGUCCCGCCAUGGAUGCACCCAGUGUAAACAACGUCGAGUCAAGUGCGACGAAUCCAAGCCCCAUUGUCUCCGCUGUCAGAAACUCCAUUUGGAUUGUAGCUACCGCCCUAGUCCAAGUAAGGAGCUGGCUCAGCUCCUGACGAGCUCGCCGGACUCGCGCGCCUACACCCUGGCGCUGAACGCCGUGGGCACUCGCAUCCAGAGUCUCCUGCAGUUACCCUCGGGGGCUUCAGUCAGUGUGCGCAUCCAAGCUCUACAUCACUUCUACGGCCUCUCCGACCCGGACUUAGGACCGGAAGCUCCGCAAGUGGAGUUCCAGAAACGACUUAUUCAGAAGGGGUUUGAGACCCCCUUCCUAAUGCACGCCAUCAUCGCCACCGCAACCUCCCACCUCCGCUACCACCACCACCACUCCCUCGCCAACCACUCUCCCCAAACCUACCGCACCACAGAAUCCUACCACUGGCACCAAGCCAUCACGCAAUACGCCCGCGAACUCCACACCAUCGGCCCCGAUAACAUGGACGGACUGUUCUCCGCCUGCAUCCUCCUGACGGUCCGCGCCUUCGAGCUGGAGACGUACGACCCUUCUUCCUCGUUCGUGUUUGCGAGCCACCCGGCGCCGGCGCUGGGGUGGUUGACGGUGCAGGUGGGGUUGCGCAGACUUCUGGAGGCGACGGUGGCUUGGCAGAGGGGGAGUAUGUGGUGGGAUGUGUUUAUGAGGGAUUCCCGGAAGUAUCGGGGGAUUUUUGAGGGAGGGGAGCAGGAGGGGGGUGGUGGUGGUAUUGGUAGUGGUAGGGAAGAGAAGGGGGGAUAUGGGGAUGGGUUGGAUCCGUAUUUGGUUGAAUUGUGUGGGAUUCGUUCGCGGGCGGCUGGUGGUGGUGGUGGUAGUGGUGGUAGUGGAAAUCCGUACUAUGAGCCGGUGCGGACGUUGUGUGGGUUGGAGCUUUUGGAGCCUGGGAUGAGGAGCUUUGGGGCGUAUGCUGGGUGGAUGGGUCGGUUGGAGAGCUCGUUUUUUGAGAAGUUGAUCCAGAAGGAGGUUCCGGCCUUGGUGGUGCUGAGGAGGUGGUUGGUACUGAUGGGGAGCUCGGGGUUGUGGUGGGUUGGGUUGCGGGUGAGGUCGGAGGUUGAGGCGAUUUGUUCGUUUCUUGGGGAUGGGGAGGGGUUUGUAGGUAGAGGGUAG